GCAAGUGAACAUUCGGCUGUUUCAGAUGUGAGCAUCAAUGAUUUGACAGCGGCAAAAGUUUGCGCAUUUGAUUCGUUGCUGAAGAAUGAAUGUGGUGGAUUAGUAAGGGUGGAAUUGGCGGAUGUUUCAACUGUACCUCUUCUGGUGAAUAUCUACCAUCCAACAGUGGAGGGCUACAACCUCGGUUCGGCGUUCUAUCGGAAAGAAGUGCACCCUGAACAUGAAGCUGCACGAGUAAGGCGAUGGCAACAACGUUGUGCACGAAUCUGGUCAUCACUGGAAUUAUUUCCGAAAGGAGCGAUAGAUUUGUAUGUUGCAUGUGCUUAUUUGCAAGAAAAUGAUGACGAGAAAAUUGCAUAUCGUGUCAUUAUCUCAAAAAUUGAUGCAGUCAGUGUUGAGAUCAGAGCUGCAGAUCACGGUUGGAAGAGGUCUCUGCCGCUGGAAAAAUGCUAUGCUGGAAGUUUACGAAUUCUGUCGAGACAGUAUUCUCAUGCUCCCCUUGUGCGUUUCAUUUUCACUCAUUUACACACCCGUUUCAUCGUCUUUGAGCAAAUGAAACGGCGGCUUGCGAUGCUCAAGCUAGAAAUAUCUUGGAUAUAUUAUUGCUUGUCUUAA